CUCGUCUUUCUCUCCUGCCCAGUACCUCCACUUUCAUCGAGAGAGAAGGGGAGAGUGAGUGAGAGAGAGAGAGAGAGAGAGAGAGAGAGUCGGCUGACUUUUAGGAUAUGCUUCUGCUCUGCGUUAAAGUUAACAGAUGCCACCCAAGACAAACAGAAGCCUUUCCUGACAUAUAAAUGUGUUUCCCUAGGCUGAAACUUACAUUACUGGCAGGAUGUCCUCCAUAGACCCCUAUCAGUACAUUAUAGUUGAACAUCAAUAUUCUCACAAGUUCAGAGUGACUGUGGUGAGAGCGGAAAAUGUCACUAAAGGCGCGCUUGGGGACUUGCUGGACACGCCAGACCCGUAUGUAGAGCUGUCAAUCCCAACUGCUCCCGAGUCACGAAAAAGAACACGUCACAUAGACAAUGACAUCAAUCCCAGGUGGAACGAAACUUUCGAGUUCCUUCUGGACCCACAGCAGGACAAUGUGUUGGAGAUGACUUUAAUGGAUGCCAACUAUGUCAUGGAUGAGACUCUGGGCACAGCUACAUAUCCAGUCAGCAAACUGAAAGUAGGACAGCCAGAGAUGGUGACUCUGCCUAUUGGCAAGACUACAAAGGUGCACCUGGAGCUGUCAUUGGAAGUCUGUUCGUCCACUGACCUGCGCUUCAGUAUGGCCCUGUGUGAUCAGGAGAAGCUGUUCAGAGAGACACGUAGAGACAGAGUCAUACUGGGCAUCAAAAGAUUCCUUAACAUGGAAAACCCAAGGUUCCUGCCCACCUCACAGAACGAGGUUCCCACCAUCGCUGUUGUGGGAUCAGGAGGGGGUUUUCGUGCCAUGGUGGGCUUCUCUGGGGUGAUGAAGGCUCUGUAUGAGUCUGGAGUGCUGGACUGUGCUACAUAUGUGGCAGGACUUUCUGGCUCAACAUGGUACAUGUCCACGCUAUACUCACACCCAGAGUUUCCAGAGAAAGGUCCCAAAGACAUCAAUCAGGAGCUGAUGAAGCGUGUGAGCAACAAUCCACUCAAACUGUUGAUGCCACAACACAUCAAACGCUACAUUAAAGCUCUGUGGAAGAAGAAAGCAAACGGCCAGCCCGUCACGUUCACUGACAUCUUCGGCAUGCUCAUCGGAGAGACACUUAUACCGGGGCGGAUGGACACGACACUGAGCUCCAUGCAGGAGAAGGUUAAGCUAGGUCAGUGUCCCCUGCCUUUGUUCACCUGCCUGCACGUCAAACCCAACGUCUCUGAACUUAUGUUCGCCGACUGGGUGGAGUUUAGUCCUUAUGAGAUUGGCAUGGCAAAAUAUGGCACCUUCAUGGCCCCUGAGCUCUUUGGCAGCAAGUUCUUCAUGGGCAGCGUUGUGAAAAAGUAUGACGAGAACCCACUACACUACCUAAUGGGUGUGUGGGGCAGUGCUUUCUCCAUCCUGUUUAAUCGAGUCAUCGGAGUGAAGGAGACAACUGGAUGCAGCAGCACUAUGGAGGAGGAGCUCGAGCAAAUUAAACCAGAGCACAUUCUUGGAAACGACACAACAGAUAACGAAGAGGAACUGCGCAGGAUGGGUACAGAGUCUUCUGAGGUGGAGGAGGAGCGGCAGCGUAAUGCUCAGGCAAGCUGGGUGCAGUGGAUGUUCACCUCCAUGGUCGGUGACACGUCACUGUUUAACACACGUGAAGGCCGUGCUGGAAAAGUGCACAACUUCAUGCUGGGCCUGAACCUAAACUCGUCUGCGCCUUUCACACAGCGCCAUCCUUUCCUGCCACAGGUCUCUGUUGAGGAUGAAGUGGACGCCGUCACAGGGACUGACAGUAGAGAGGCCAUGUCUACUCCAUUGAGACUGACAGGUACUGAGGCCAGAGCCCCUUUACUGGGACUGAGAGGUACUGAGGCCACACCCCCUAUACUGGAACUGGGAUGCACUGAAGCCAUGCCUCCUUCAGUGAAACUGACAGAUCCCAAUGAGUUUGUUCACAUCUACGAGCCUCUGGAUGUAAGGAGUAAGAAGAUUCAUGUGGUGGACAGUGGCCUAACCUUUAACCUGCCCUAUCCACUGAUCCUGCGACCCCAGCGGGGCGUUGAUCUCAUCAUAUCUUUCGAUUUCUCAGCCAGGCCGGGUGAUUCCAGUCCUCCCUUUAAGGAGCUUUUGUUGGCCGAGAAAUGGGCACGCAUGAACAAGUUGCCUUUCCCUAAGAUUGAUGUGAAGGUGUUUGAUCGCGAGGGUCUACAGGAGUGUUACGUGUUCAAGCCCAGGCCGGAAGACAAACACUGCCCCACUGUCAUCCACUUCGUCCUGGCCAACAUCCACUUCAGGGAGUUCAAAGCUCCCGGAGUUCCCAGAGAGACGGACAAGGAGAAGGAGUUUGGUGACUUUGACAUAUUUGACGAUCCUGAGACCCCGUAUUCCACAUUCAACUUCCAGUACUCAAACCAGGCAUUCAAACAGCUGCACGACCUCAUGGAGUUCAACACGCUCAACAACAUUGAGCUUAUAAAAGACGCCAUCAAAGACAGCAUUCUCCAGAGGCGGAUGAACCCGUCACGCUGCAACGUCUCUCUUUCGCUCAAUGAGAUUGAAAACAAGAAGUUCCUGAAACGUGGCACCAGCAGCAUAAAGAAGGCCACACCUAACAGAUAAACAGAACCAGCGGAUAAAUCACAGUCUCGGCUUCCUGAGAGUUUGGAUGUGGUAUCAGAGUUUGCUGGACAAUAGGUUAAAAUGGAAAUAAGUUAAAGCAAGCAGAACUGGAUACGCUAUGUUAACGCGCAGUAUGUAACUGGCAUUUUUGUGGCGUUUCCAACAUGUUUAAAGCUUUUAGCAGUCAUUAACAAAGAGACAGAUUGUGUUGCCUGUGUACACACACACACACACACACACACACACACACACACACACACAUACAUACAUACAUAUAGAUCUGUGGUUAAGGUUACAGUGUAGAAAACCACAAACUGUUCAAUAUGUAGUGCAUAGUGAUGUCUGAAAACCACGUCUCUGCACUCCCACAGAGAAAUCCCACAAUGCACUGUGGUAUGAAUAACAUGUGAAUUUCCAUAACAGACCAUGGAGUUUGGCUAGAAUUCAUAUUUUAAAAAGAGUCCCAAUCUUGCGUGUAUUUCCUGAUUUGUAAGUCGCUUUGGUAAAAGCGUCUGCUAAAUGAAAUGAAAAAUGUAAAUGUAAUCCUUUCUUCCAAGAUGUCUUCCAAGUGUUUAUAUGGUGUAGUUUCAGUGGCUAAGAAAUAGUGUAUAUUGCCCAUAAGGCACUGUCACUGAUUUUCAAUUAAUCAAAAUAUUGUAGAAAACAAAAAAACCCACAAAACUAUGUUAUUUAUAACAAAUAGCUAAAAGUAAUUUAUUUUACAUCUCUGUGAUUCCUGUCAGUUUAAUCAGGUCUUUAUGUCAUGACAAGUUAUACCUCGUCUCGGUCCUGAUCCUGUGUAGUGUUCGACCCUUUUCUGUAAAUCUAGAGUAAGUUGUCUAGUGUGCAUUCGGUUUAAGACAACUUGCUGACUGUAACACUUCGUUUGUUUAGCUCCAUUUUGAAGACCUGAGACUUCUAGUCAUUGAAAGAUUAAAUUACACAGAAACGCAUACUUUCCCUUCCACAAGCUGCCUGAAAGGAUCAGCAGAAAGUGAUGGCAUGAUGUGACAUGUUGUGUACACUGUACACGCACACUUCCUGGCAUCAUACACACGUUCCAGUGUCUGAAUGAUGUCUGCUCAUGAAAUUCAAGCCUUUUUAUACUGGAAACUUUUCUGUAAGAUAAUAUGCUCAUUCCUGUAAACUGUAUUUUGGAAACUGGUCACAUGACCAGCCGUUUGAGUGUGGGUGAGGACUGGGAUGACCAGUUCAUUUGUUUUUAUCAUUAUUAUCAUUAUUAUUAUUAUUAUUAUUUAGUAUGUAUGUGCCAUUUUCUGUGUAUGUACCAGAUAUCAGUACUGCAAAUAAAUAUUUCUGAUGUUUCAUUAGAAUAAGAUUUAUUUAUACUGUUAAUUACAAAGUUCAGGAGAGUCACUCAAAGUAACUUUUAUGUUUGUAAUCUUAGUAUUUUUGUGUAGUAAGUAGACUUAUUUAUGAAUCAAGUAUGUUUAACAUCAUCUAAGUUCUGUGGCAUUAUUGAAGGCAAUUUGACCUCAUGACUUUAUAGUUAACUCUACAGUUAAUAGCACAUAACACUGUACAAUUGGCACUUGAUAACACUAACAAUGAAAAUGAGAUACAACAAAAUGUACUGCAGAAUGAGAACUGUUUGUCUUCUUGGUUAUGGAAAUAACCAAUAAUUUUUGCAGACAAAUCAUUCAUUCUUUAUUUUUUGACAGACCAUUGAAGAAAAAAAAGAUUUUCAGAAAUCACCAUCAGUGGUUGAUGUGAGUUACACUUACUUCAGGGAGUAUGUGCUUGAUAUGCAUCCUGAAUUAAAGACUGUUCAAAUAAUGAUAUUCAAUAGUUUUGUUGUAUUUUAUUGGAUUCAGAAUAUCUCUGUAAUUAUUUAAAUUGUUGUACCUUAAUAAAAAUCCAGUUCAAUCUGGAUAACCAAGA